GAGACGGGUGUAAAAGCUCUUAUUAUCCGUGUAUUCCGUCCGUCUCCAAGUCUAGUGCUGCGUCGGCUGGCACGCUGGCCGAUCGUUUCGCGGGCUCCGUAGCUGCCUGACUAGAAACGUCAAAAAGUUUACGAACACCGGCGUAUUUGACCAACUGGACAUUCAGUGUUAAUUUCUCAGAUAUUUGCCACCUCUGUUGAUUUAAUUUUCUGAUUUGGUUCAUCCUGUUUUCUCGACCGUGUUUUAAAUUUUGUGAAAAGUAUCGAAUGCAAGCGGGGCAGAUCCUGUUGCACCUUCAAUAACGGUGGCGAAACAAAAUGUCUCCGCGCACGAAGGGUCGCUGCAGGUCGUUAAAAGCUUUAACGACGUAAUAACAAAACCUUCUUCCUUAGAAUAAGAAACUAAAGUUAUUAUUAACUUCGUAGAGGUUAAACUUUGUGAUAGCGUAAAAGUAUUUAUUAGAAAUCAUCAUGAAUUUUAAGUUUAUAUCACUCCUUCUGACAUGGAACUUUUUAUUAAUAUCGGCAAAAACUGAAUCAUCAGAGGAAGAAGCUAGAUCACGAAUACUGCGAAAUAGAGACAGUAACAGAAAUCGUACAACUUUUAACGGGACUUUGACAGACCUCCCAGAAAGACGAAACCUAAGACACAGAAAUAGCUCCAAGUAUCGCAAUGACAGACACAGAUCAUGGGAAAGGGAACAUGAAACACGAAGAGAUAGGAGAAAAUUAUCUUCUAGCCAUUCGAGUGAAGAUUUUAACGCUGCAAAUCGUACAGUUGAUUCUUUUGGUUUGAAAAAUGAGAAACGAAAAAGUGACAGGCAAUGGAACAAGAGCAAUUCAGAAAGGAUUCCGUUACGGCGACCUAUAAAUCAAAGUAAGGCACAAGAGAGAGCGCACCCUUUGCCAUUAAAAGAGAACACGACAAGAUCCAGGCUCCGGAUGAUGAAUAAAUGGCAGAAUGGAGGUUAUAUUCCGUUUCCACAGCCGAGGGAGAGGAAGCCAAAUAUUAUCCUAAUUUUGACCGAUGACCAGGAUGUCGAGUUGGGAAGUUUGAAUUUUAUGCCACGAACUAUGAAGGCAAUAAGGAGUGCUGGAGCCGAGUUCCGUCACGCGUAUACUACUACACCUAUGUGUUGUCCAUCAAGGAGCUCCCUGUUGACAGGAGUGUAUGUCCACAACCACAAUGUGUACACCAACAACGACAACUGCUCGUCGCCGCAGUGGCAGGCCACACAUGAGACCAACACCUUCGCCACUUACCUGUCCAAUGCUGGCUACAGAACUGGCUAUUUCGGUAAAUACUUGAACAAGUAUAACGGUUCCUACAUCCCACCCGGUUGGCGUGAGUGGGGUGGCCUCAUCAUGAAUUCCAAGUAUUACAACUACAGCAUCAACAUGAAUGGGAAGAAGAUAAAGCAUGGUGACGACUACAACAGAGACUAUUACCCGGAUUUGAUAGCGAACGAUUCAAUAGCAUUCCUGCGGGCUUCCAAGCGGAGGUUUUCCAGAAAACCAGUGCUGCUCGUCAUGUCCUUCCCCGCGCCGCACGGCCCCGAGGACUCCGCUCCACAGUACUCCCACCUGUUCUUCAACGUGACCACUCAUCAUACUCCAACAUACGACAUGGCGCCGAACCCUGACAAGCAGUGGAUCCUGCGAGUGACAGAGAAGAUGAAGCCCAUACACCGACAGUUCACAGAUCUGUUGAUGACCAAACGGCUGCAGACGUUGCAAAGCGUUGAUAUGGCUGUCGAAAGGGUCUAUCAAGAACUGAAGGCCCUAGGCGAGCUGGACAACACGUACUUAGUGUACACGUCAGACCACGGUUACCACCUCGGGCAGUUCGGCUUGGUAAAGGGCAAGAGCUUUCCCUUCGAGUUCGAUAUACGAGUGCCUUUUCUUGUGAGAGGGCCCGGCGUUGAGCCUGGCACUGUAGUGGACGACAUCGUUCUAAACAUCGAUCUAGCACCAACAUUCUUGGACAUGGGUGGCGUGGACCCGCCAGCUCACAUGGACGGGAGGUCGUUAUUGCCGCUGUUACAGCCGAGGAGGAGACGACAGGCUGCGAUGCAUUGGCCUGACACCUUCCUUGUUGAGAGUUCCGGCCGCCGCGACAAUCACAUGGCAAGCGCGAAGUACAGUCGCGAGAUGAAUGAGAGAGCGAGCACGCAGACCCCACACGACUCCUCGUCAGAAAGUUCUGACUUCGAAGAGGAUUCCGAUGAUGACGACUUUUUGGAACUUGAAGACGAAGAUGAAGACUUUUUAGAGCUCAAUGAGAGUACAGAUAAUGGGGCAAGUGAUUCGAAAAAAAUCUCAGAGCCGAUUUUGAAUAAUGAGAGUCAUAACCCAAUUUUGGAGGCGAGCCUUGAAAAAGCCCUGGAAAUGGAAGUUUUCGAUGAGAAUACAGAUUUUGUUAAUGGCAAAGCAGCUCGCUUAGCGGUGGAAUGUUCUAAAGCUGAGUUACGUACUCCAUGUUCGGCUGGAAGGAAGUGGAAAUGUGUUUUAGUCAAUGGCCGAUGGAGACGACAUAAGUGCAAAUAUGAGACUGAAAUAAGUACACCACCACCCAAAAUGAGCACUAAGAAGUGUGCCUGUUUCACACCUAGUGGACUCGUUUACACUAGACUUGAAACCGAUGGGACAAUAGCAAGACGACCAAUAUACUACAACAAAGAAAAUAAUACAAGGACCCGUAGAUCUGUGGAUAACGAUGUUUAUGAACCGAAUACAGUAGAAAGCAUUCUUGAAGAAAACCCAAGCAUAGGACAUUUGAGUUUUAAAAAUGAACCAAUUGAUGAACUGCAAAAUAAAGAAAUUAAAGAAAAGAUAGAUGAACUAAUCAAAGAAACUGAAGCCUUUUUAGAAGCUUACGAACGUACCAAAGAUAAUAUAGACCAUAAGAGGAUUAAGAGGAGAGCUCAAAAUUUAAAUCAUAGUAAAAAUAAACAUAAAAAUGAUGCUAUUUUAAACAAUAACGAAUCGUCUUUAGAAUGCAAAAUAGAAAAAGAUGGCACUGUUAAUUGUUCUCAAGUAAUUUACAAUGAUUUAAAGGCAUGGAUUACGAAUAGAAUGAGCAUCGAAGAUCAAAUCAGGCAGUUACGUACAAAGCUAGAGGAUUUAAAAGAAAUAAAAAAGCACUUGAAAUCCACAAAACCACUUGUAGUUGACCAACACACAGUGCAUCCCAAUUUGACAAUUAUUCAUAUACAAAACAAGAAUAUAACGAAUGAACAAAAUGGUUCUCAACAUGAGCACAUAAGAAAAGGAAGAUUACAUAGAACCCGAACUAAGCAUAGAAAUAAUACGCUGUUUGAUAAGAAAUAUCGACAAUCGAAUGAAUACGUCAUGCCCACAGCUAUUAAUGCAAACACCAAAGAUGAUAUAUUUGACGUACAGAUGAAAAAUGAAAGUUCAACAUCAACUACCAUUUUACCAUUUACGGAGGUAAUAGCUACAAAGCAAACUGAGAUAGAAAUAUCCAACGCUCCCACAUCUACCAUCGUAAUAGACACAAAAUAUUUCGAAGUUGAGUUGGAGAAUGAUAAAAGUACUGUACCUCCUAUUGUUGAAAUUAGUUCGACUGAAACUGAAAAACAACAUUAUGAUGAAACAAAUACAACACGUAUAACACCAGAUAAAAAUGUUACUGAUCCAAGUGCAGUCGUUAACUUUUCUGAACAAGCACAAUAUUUUAGUUCAGAAAUUGAUAAGGUAUUAGCCACAGAACAUUCUUUACCAACCAAUAAACCAGAAACAUUCACUACGACAGAUUCAAGAACUACUCCAACAAUGGAAUUAACAUCAUCUCAAAUUACUACUGCAUCAACGAAUUUAGGUCCGGCAAGACUGGAUGCAUCAGAAUACGAACAGAGGAAUCCAAACAAAGGGAUGUCACGAAUAAAAGGAAUUUUAGAUAAAGGGACUGAUAACUUUCCAAGAAGAUUGCAUCCACUAUACAUUGAAAACGAAGAUAAACAUGUAUGUUAUUGUGAAGAGAGUCGAAAAUCUAAGGGACAAGGCCAUAAUUAUUGGGAAGCAGCGCAAAGAGCCAGAGAAUUACGUAAAAAGCUAAAAGCUGAAAGACUAAGGAAGAAGUUGAGAAAAGCAAAGAAAAAGGCCGAAUUAGAACGACUAUGCGAAUCAGAGCGCAUGAAUUGUUUCCGCCACGAUAACGAACAUUGGCGCACCGCACCUCUCUGGACAGCCGGCCCAUUCUGCUUCUGCAUGAGCGCCUCUAACAACACAUACAAUUGCGUCAGGACCAUCAACGCUACACACAACCUUUUGUACUGCGAGUUUGUCACUGGUCUCAUCACCUAUUACAACUUACGCAUAGAUCCCUUUGAAACUCAAAAUAGAGUCAAGUAUUUGACAACAGCAGAAAGAGAAUAUUUCCACAACCAACUACAGCAAUUGCUCAGUUGUCGUGGACCAUCUUGUCGCCGAUUUGCGCAUUCUAAUCUUGCAGGGAGCAGUGAAGAAACCAUUAGUAGAAGGUUUGCGGAAGACCAAAUAUAUAGGGGCGAUUUAUAUGGGUACAAUGAAAGGGUAGGGAGAUGGAACAGCUACGGACGCCGAUACGCGAGAGCAAGGGAGCUACACCGACGGCGACACAUGAUGGCAUUCUAGUCAAAUUUGUGAGUAGCUGUUGAACAAAUGUAUUCGAAGGCAGCUCAAGAUUGCAUUAUUUGGAGAUUUGAGUGGUAUACAUGAUUAGUAGACAGGACGGGAUACGCUGAGUAGUGUAAAAUAAUUUUAAAUAUGCAUCGAACUGUAGGGCUUCCCGUUUCAAAGCUAAAUAAAUACUUAUGUACUGUACACGUUAGAGUAUUGAGAUAAGGAUUAUCUUCAUAUUGUUCUUAUAUUUCGAAAAUCUAUAUGUCUUGUAACUAUUUAUUUAUGUAUUUUACUAUAAUAUCACUGCCGUAAGCAUAAAGCUUUAUAAUAUUUAUCAACAGUUCAGUUAAGAAAUGUUAUUGAAACUUUUUGUAUGUAACUAUGUAAAAUGUACAUGUACUGUACAUGUGUAUGAAGUAUUUUUUUUCUUUUUCUGUCCCAGUUACUACGAAACUUCCUAAUUCUAAAUAUUUGUGUAUUAUGCUACUUGUAAAAACAGUCUAGCUUUAAUUUUUUUUAAUUAAAGAAUCAUGUAUAAAGUCUCAUAGAGUGUAUCCCUUGGAGUUUAAUGUUGAAGAAUGUAAUGUAUAUUUAACUUAGCCAGAGAAAAAAAUAUUAUCUACUUAAUUAGGGUUCAUUUGACUGAUCACUCCAUUAUUCCAAAGAUUAAGUUAUGAUUUACUUACAUCAAUGUAUUCUAAAAAAUCUUUUUUUAAUUCAACUGAAAAAAGAGCAUCUGCACUUUUAAAGCAUAUUUUUUUUUAUUAUCUGGCUAGGUUAAAAAGUAAUCAAUAGCAUACUAUUUAUCUUGUAGAAGUUAUAAAAGUGAUAUUAAACUGUUGCCAUUGUGAUGAUGAAUAUGUGUACUGGUUGUAAUAAUAAAAUUAUUCAAAUAUG